UAAUAUUUCCGACUGUACGAGAAGGCAGCAUAAGUAAAAGCGAGAGCGAGAUCUGUGGGAGGCGGGGUGAGGGGGAUGGGUUGUUGAAUGAUAAGACCACAACGGAAGACAGUUCGGUACAGAGGUGAGGUCUAAUGAGGAUGACGAUGCCGCAUGUUGGGGCGGUAUUUGCUGCAAUAGCAGGAGUGGUUGCCAUCAUGUUGCACUCCUCUAUUCACAAGAUAGAAGAAGGACAUCUUGCUGUGUAUUACAGGGGUGGGGCAUUGCUCACUACUCCCAAUGGUCCUGGAUAUCACAUCAUGCUGCCUUUCAUUACCACCUACAGAUCAGUCCAGACAACCCUCCAAACUGAUGAGAUCAAGAAUGUGCCUUGUGGAACAAGUGGCGGUGUGAUGAUUUAUUUUGACAGGAUAGAAGUUGUUAACAUGCUGGUCCCUACAGCAGUGGUUGACAUUGUGAGAAACUACACUGCUGAUUAUGACAAAACUCUAAUUUUCAACAAGAUUCACCAUGAACUCAACCAGUUCUGCAGUGUACACACACUACAGGAGGUCUACAUCGAGUUGUUUGACAUUAUAGAUGAGAAUCUGAAGACUGCGUUGCAGAAGGAUCUUAAUGUUAUGGCACCUGGACUUACAAUACAGGCCGUCCGUGUUACCAAGCCAAAGAUCCCUGAGGCUAUCAGGAGGAACUUUGAACUCAUGGAAGCUGAGAAGACUCGUCUGUUGAUAACAGCUCAGACUCAAAAGGUGGUGGAAAAGGAAGCAGAGACUGAAAGGAAGAAGGCCAUUAUUGAGGCUCAGAAAGUUGCCCAGGUAGCAGAGAUCCAGUUCCAACAGAAGGUGAUGGAGAAGGAGACGGAGAAGAGGAUCUCUGAAAUAGAAGAUGCUGCCUUCCUAGCAAGGGAGAAAGCUAAAGCUGAUGCAGAAUAUUACACUGCUGCCAAGUAUGCUGAAGCAAACAGGCUGAAGUUAACCCCAGAGUACCUGGAGCUGAUGAAGUACCAGGCCAUAGCAGCCAACAGUAAGAUCUACUUUGGGCAAGAUAUCCCCAACAUGUUUGUUGAGGGAAACAACAGCCCCUCAAAGUCAGCACCCUCACCUAAUCUUCCCAGUGGUCAACCAGACCUGCUUAAAGCAAAGACAGAGGGGCUGUGAGUGAGCUCUGCCUCAGGACAGGAACCUGAUGAGGACUUGUUUUGUCUGUGAGGCGGACAAUAAUGUGCUGAAGGUAAUGGGUGGGAUAGCUUUGCAGCUAGUGUGGUAAACAACAGACUUCAGUCUUAAAUCUAAGUGGCUAAGAAAGAGGAGGCAAAUUUAAGGACAGGCUGAAGUGAAAGCAAGGAAAAACAAGAUAAAAGGGAAAGUUUUUUUACCUUCUGCUCUCGAGUUUUAGGAAUGAGAAUGAUGCCAUAGUUAAAAAAUCAAAAGCAUAAUAAAUGCUUAUGCCUGGGAAGGCGACGGCAAGUAGCCGCCCUAAUUUAAAUGUGCUUGUUGUUGGAGCUGCAUUCAUUUUGUUUGUUUGUAUGCAAGAGGAGUGAUUUGUAAUGAAAAUUCAUCUAAUUUUUGAGAAUUAAUUUCUGGUUUAAGUGAACUGGAAUCUUGACAGGUGACACUAAUUAAAAGUGGGACGGUCUGCGGAAGUGUAUAAUGCGGGUAGGUCAGCUCUGUGCCAUCUUCUCUUGCACUAAAUCACCAUUUGGCUCUUCUCUCUCAAGCAGUCAGGGUGAGUGAGAAUUCUCCUUGUCUAUGAACCUAAAAUAGUUAAGACAGGUUACACAGUAGUAAGAGCGUCAUACGUGUGAUUAUAUCAGUAGUUUUUCACCACCCACCUACAUUUCCAGUUGGCUGAAAUCAAGCAGGCAUGAAAAAUGAGCUUUGAAAGAUUUUCAUAAAUGAUAGCAUUCUAGAAAUGAGUGGCCUGACUUUGUCCAAUUUUUGCCUGAGCCUGCAGUAAAUUCUAUACUACUCUACGAAUACUCUUUAAAGCUGAAGGGCUGUCAUCGCAUGUUCACAGUUUUUGUAGUUAAUAUAAAGUGGUGUUGGAUUGGUGGUAAAGUUGUUCAUUUUCUGUUAGCUUGAUGAUUGUUAGCUGUAAUAAGUUGUGACUGAGAGUGCAGCCACCACACAAAGACUUGAGACACUGCGUAAGAGUUGCUGUGGCUUUAAACGUGAAGCCAAGAAUAAAAGGGGGUCUGCUUGAAGAAAUUCUGCUGAAAAUGAGUAAAUGUUCAAAUUAUUAAUACUCUGGGAGGGUUGCAACAAAGAGGAUGAAUAGUAGUGCCACUGGAGGAAGUUGUGAUUUGUGUCUUUUGUCAAGAAGUUGGUGCAGCUUUCUUUACUCCAUCUGGUUUUGAUUAACAGGAGCAUGUUGUUAUACAGCUGACAGUAUUCAGAGGGUCAGAAUGUAAAUUCUCAGGAAACAGACUUUUAUUUGAAUGAAACAGCUGCUUGGUGUUGAAAAAAGUCUACACUCUUCAAAAAGUCAAAAUCCAAAAUUGUGCCAGGAAAAAAAGUAUAUAUGCUGUUUAAAAAAAUCUGUUAAAUAAAUCAGGUGACACUCAACACACAAAAUACAAAACCCCUUUGAUUAGAGGAUAAGCAAACUAUGGUAUAGUUUAUCUAAAACAACACUAUAACCAUAUAUUUAAGGCAACAUUUUUAUUACAUCUUCACACUUUAUUGCACUGUCUAUUAACAGCAGGUAUCUGGCAUUAAAUAUUAUAUAUUAUUAAAACAUAAAGCUCCUCCUUUUACUGUAAUUCAAGAAUUAUUGGACUGCAAAGUGUUUCAUUCUCUGCUAAACAAAAUAAUUUGGAUAUUUUGUUUGCAACGCAUGGCUCAUAGUUAACAGUAACUUACACUCAGUGAGGAAUUGUUUAAUCUCUGAUCCUGAUCAGUUUCACGUGAGUUUCAGCAUGAGUUUUGGUACUUUGUUUUAUUUAAAGAUGAAUGUUAAUGGGCUUGAAUAAGAUGCAGUUUGGUGCUAGUUUUUGUUGUAUAAGUUUAAACAUUUUGGUUUUGCUCAGCUCUUUGCUAGAGAAACACUGAAAUACUUCCACUAUUUUGAAUUCAAGCCUUAAAUGAUAAUGGGAUACCCCCAACUUACAGAUCCAGUGAUUCUUACAAACUAAAAAGCUCCUUUUGAACUUAACUGUGAGACUGACUGUGUACGCUGUACUGUGCGGCCUCUUCAUAGACUCUAGCUGAGAAAGACAGAACAAAGAGUGGACACUACUGGUGUUUGGAAGAUGUCAUGAUGUUUACUUGACCUGAAUGGCAGUUAAAAAGGCAUUUGCUUUGGUGGUGGGUUCAAAAAAAGAUGCAAAAGAGGGGUAAGAAUCAACCAUGAUGAUGUUUUUUUUUUGUCAAUAUUUUGUACAAUCUGUGAAAUUGUCUUCUUGUUUUAAAAGGUUUAUAUGCAAAAAUGUUUUUGACAAUGUUCUUAUGUAAAAUAAAACCUAUUUUGGUACCUCUCCUC